CCGACAAGGGCUUCUCAAUUAACGUUCUAUGUCUGUGCACGUAAUCGUAAACCGUAUACUGCAGUUGUGCAAAGAAGUUCAUCGUGGUCGUUUCGACUGCCAAUCGAUUGAAAAAUUUUUGAAAAAUCUUAUAACGAUUGUAAUCGUUAUAUCUGUAAUAUAAUUUGUAUUUAUAGUGUCGUUCAAAAAAUAAUUUUUACAUCCUAUCGUAGACAGGAUGUCAGAGAUCUCGCAAACAACAUUAAUUGCCGAGGACAUGUCAGACCGAAGGCUAGACUUAUAAGCGAUCUUAUUACCGGAGUUACGGCGAACAGUCGCGAGACAUACGUGAAAUAGGAAGGAUGGACAGAUGGGCAGGGAAGGUGGCCGUGGUAACGGGUGCAAGUGCCGGAAUUGGGGCCGCGAUCGUCAAGCAAUUGCUCACUCAUGGGAUGGUGGUAGCAGGUCUUGCCAGAAGAGUAGAAAAGAUAAAAGAAUUGGAGCAAGGGUUGGAAGAAUGUUCGGGAAAGCUGUACGCCGUAGAAUGCGAUGUAUCAAAAGAGGAAAGCGUGAUCGCAGCUUUCGCGUGGGUUCAAGAAAAUCUUGGCCCUGCAAAUGUAUUGAUCAACAAUGCUGGAAUAACAAAAGAAUCUUCUCUUAUAGAUGGCAAUUUAGAAGAUUGGCGCUCUGUCUUCGACGUGAACGUUUUCGGAUUGUGCCUCUGCACUAAGGAAGCAAUUCGCAUGAUGCGAGAAACAGGAGGCGAAGGUGUCAUAAUAAACAUAAACAGUCUUGCAGGUGAAAGAGUGCCUUUCAUACCUGGAUUCUCCGUUUAUCCAGCUUCAAAAAGAGCUAUCGCUGCUCUGGCGCAAACAUUGCGACACGAGCUGACGGGAACCCAAAUCAGGGUUACGGGUAUUAGCCCAGGUUUAGUAGCCACAGAGUUAAUGGUAUCUUACAGCACGUAUUCUGAGGAAGCAUUAGCAUCAUUUCCCACAUUGGAUCCAGAAGACGUCGCAACAGCUGCAAUAUAUAUUUUAUCAUGUGCCCCGCAUGUUGUCUUGCGAGAUUUAUGGAAUUAUACAAAGACGCUUACCAAGAGACAAGAAUUGCAGGAAGCGAGACAUUUAUUCAGAGAAGCAAAACAUCUUAUAAAAAUUAAGGCAAAAUUAGAUCAAAUUUAUCGUGUAAUUAACAAAGGAUUGUUUCACAAUCCAAGAUUUCAUUCACUUCAUGCUAUAAAAGGAGACAUUCAUUUUUCUGAAGGAAAAUGGACAAAAGCCAUCCAGAACUAUGAAAACGCAAAGCUUUUUGCCAAAGAUGAUUAUACAUUGACGAAAGAGAAAUUAAAAAAUAUUUACAAUGAUCAAUUAGUCAAUGCUUAUAAGAAAAGAAGUGAAUUCUAUUGUGAAAAUGAUAUGUUAUUAGAAGCUUUGAGUGACUAUGAACAAAUUUUUUUAUUUAAAAUACCUAAAACGAACAUAAUGGAAAUACAAGAUAGGUUAUUAGAAAUUUUACGUCGAUUGCAAAAAUACGAUAAAUUUCGAAUGUAUUGGGAUCAAUUUAUAAUGAAUCCUGAUCCUAUGAGGAUUUCUGAUUUAUUAGCUGUACAUGCAGAAUAUAAGAUUCAUCUUAAAGAAAUGGUUGUAUUUAGUACUGGUCAUGCGUUAUCAGCCUAUACUGUUUUAUGGUGCAUGCAUUCUUGUUACGACAAAGGUUUGGUCACAAUUGAAAAAGCACUGGAUUGUAAUCCAUACAAUCCAGGAUUUAAUUUAUUAAAAACUGUAGUUUUACGAUUGUCUGGUCGUUUCGAAGAAGCAAAUAUAUGGUUAGAGAGUCUCAAUAAAAAUUUUUUUAAACUAGUAAAACCGACAAGAGACAAAGAAAAAUCGAUCAUGGGAAAGCUUUCGAUUAGAGAAACAAGAAAUCAUUUGAUCAAACAAUGGUAUCUAAUACGAUAUGAUAUGGCGAUGCAAUGUCUGUUAGAGAACAAAAUCAAUAUGGCAAUACAAAUUGUAUUGAAAAGUAACUUAGUUAAACAAUAUCCAGAAUCAUAUCUAUUAUUAGGCGACUGUUUUGUCAAACGUAAUGAAAUUAAUUUGGCACUAAAAUCAUAUCUCAAAUGUCGAAAAAAGAUGCGCAAACUGAAUUUACCAUUUUGUCAAAAGACUAUCGAUUUAGCGGAACGAAUAAUCGAUAUCCUGAACGAUAAAGCAGAAGUGGCGAUAAACAAUAGAGAUUCGAAACGAGCCAUUAAUUUAGCUGAACAAAUACUUCAAAUAUUUGAUGAAGAUAAAAUACCAUUAGAAGAAUUACGUUUACAACGUAGUCGUGCCCUUAUCCAUAAAGCUCGUGGUCUAUUUCAAAUAGAAAAUAAUAAAGUGAUUCGGAAAAAACAAAGUUGCGAGAUUGCGGCUGAUAGUUUGAGGUUUGCUCGCGAACUAAAUCCGGAUCUGUAUCAAGAAUUCGCAAUGGAACAAAAUUGGGUUGAUAAAGUUGUUUUAGUUACUGGAGCUAACUCGGGCAUUAGCAAAUGUCUAAUAGAAUGUUUAGUUGGCAAAGGAAUGAAAGUUAUUGGAAUUGCUCCACAAGUCGAUAAAAUGAAGACUCUUGUUGAGGAACUAAAAUCGAAACCCGGAAAACUAGUUCCUCUUCAAUGCGAUCUUUCCAACCAGAACGAUAUUUUGAAAGUCAUAGAAUGGGUCGAGAAGAACUUAGGAGCUAUAGAUAUUCUCAUCAAUAAUGCAGCUAUUAAUAUUGAUAUUACAAUGCAAAAUGAUGAAGUAUUAGAUUGGAAGAAAAUUUUUGACAUAAAUCUUCUUGGACUGACUUGCAUGAUGCAAGAAGUUCUGAAAUUAAUGAAGAAAAAAGGAAUUAAUAAUGGUAUUAUUAUAAACAUCAAUGAUGCUUCUGGACUGAACCUACUACCAAUGAAUCGUAAUCGUCCAGCUUAUUUAGCCAGUAAAUGUGCAUUAACUACCUUGACAGACUGUCUUAGGUCUGAAUUAGCACAAUGUGAAUCCAAUAUCAAAGUCAUUUCCAUUAGUCCUGAUUUAGUGGAAACCGAUAUGACUGCACAAUGGUUAAAAGAAAACUCUCGUCUGGCUUUGAAACCUAAAGAUGUUUCCGAUUGUGUUCUCUUCGCUUUACAAACUCCUGACAAUGUCUUGAUCAAAGAACUGGUUGUCACACCGAAUCGUGAAACGAUAUAAAGAAAAACCAAAUACCACUUAUUAUUUUUCCAUAUGUUUAACAAAAACAUAACAAUUAAUACUUGUAAAUAA